AUGACCACCAUGCAGAAGCUGCUGCAGCUGCCGGUGAACGCGGUGAACAUCGUGAAGACUGUGCAGAGUCAGGUCCAGGGCCAGGAGGAGGACAAGAGCCCCGUGCUAACCCCUGACGGCGUGCAGCAGGCCUGGUACAGCGCCCUGCAGCCCGAUGAGCUGCGCCACCUCCGAUCUGGAGGUACAGGAGGAGGAGGAGGAGGUGGCGGGGACCAUGAGGAACGAGCACACCUGGAGGAAGGUGGUGGAGGUGGCGGCAGUUUCCAAACUCAACCUUUGCGACAUGACGACUUGAAGGAGAUGCUGGACAGCAACAAAGACUCCCUGAAGCUGGAGGCAAUGAAGCGGAUCGUGGCUAUGAUCGCCCGAGGUAAAAAUGCAUCGGAUCUGUUCCCUGCUGUGGUGAAAAAUGUGGCCUGUAAAAACAUUGAGGUGAAGAAGCUGGUCUAUGUUUACUUGGUGCGAUAUGCCGAGGAGCAGCAGGAUCUCGCUCUGCUCUCCAUUUCCACGUUUCAGCGAGGGUUGAAGGAUCCCAACCAGCUGAUCAGAGCCAGCGCCCUGCGAGUCCUCUCCAGCAUCCGAGUCACGAUCAUUGUCCCCAUAAUGAUGUUGGCCAUCAAAGAGGCUGCUUCUGAUAUGUCCCCAUACGUCAGGAAGACAGCUGCUCACGCGAUUCCUAAACUCUACAGUUUGGAUCCAGAACAGAAGGACCAGCUGAUUGAAGUCAUAGAGAAACUCCUCGCUGACAAAACCACGCUGGUGGCAGGAAGCGUUGUUAUGGCAUUUGAGGAGGUGUGUCCGGAGCGCAUUGACCUGAUCCACAAGAACUACAGGAAGUUGUGUAACCUGUUGAUCGACGUGGAGGAGUGGGGGCAGGUCGUCAUCAUCAACAUGCUGACUCGCUACGCCAGGACCCAGUUCCUCAACCCAAACAUCAAUGAGUCCCUGCUGGAGGAGGGAAGCGGAGGGGACAAGACGUUCUAUGGCUCAGAUGAAGAUGAGGACGAGGAUGAGGAGGAGAAAGAAAAGAAUGCCGAGGCUCCUGCCAUGGCCAAGAGGAAGCCGUAUGUGAUGGACCCAGACCACCGGCUGCUGCUGAGGAACACCAAGCCGCUCCUGCAGAGCCGCAACGCAGCUGUUGUGAUGGCUGUGGCUCAGCUAUAUUUCCAUCUUGCCCCUAAAGCAGAAGUUGGGGUGAUCGCCAAGGCCCUGGUCCGUCUCCUGAGGAGCCACAGUGAAGUCCAGUAUGUUGUUCUUCAGAACGUGGCAACAAUGACGAUUAAGAGAAGGGGGAUGUUUGAACCGUACCUGAAGAGUUUCUACAUACGCUCUACAGACCCAACCCAGAUAAAAGUCCUAAAGCUGGAGGUUCUCACCAAUCUGGCCAAUGAGACAAACAUUUCCACUAUUCUCAGAGAGUUUCAGACAUACAUUAAAAGUAUGGAUAAAGACUUUGUGGCUGCCACAAUCCAAGCCAUUGGCCGCUGUGCUACCAACAUCGGAGAGGUGAGGGACACGUGUCUGAACGGGCUGGUGCAGCUGCUGUCCAACCGAGACGAGUUAGUCGUAGCCGAGUCUGUGGUGGUUAUUAAGAAGCUGCUGCAGAUGCAACCGGAGAAGCACAGCGACAUCAUAAAGCACAUGGCGAAACUAACGGACAACAUCCAGGUGCCGAUGGCGCGGGCCAGUAUACUCUGGCUGAUUGGGGAAUACUGUGAGCAUGUACCUAAGAUUGCCCCGGAUGUCCUGAGAAAGAUGGCCAAGUCAUUCACUAACGAGGAGGACAUUGUUAAGCUACAAAUCAUCAAUUUGGCUGCCAAGCUCUAUCUCACCAACUCCAAACAGACCAAACUGUUGACACAGUAUGUUCUCAACUUGGCCAAGUACGACCAGAACUACGACAUCCGAGAUCGGGCGCGCUUCAUUCGCCAGCUCAUCGUACCCACCGAGAAGAGCGGAGCCCUCAGCAAGUACGCGAAGAAACUGUUCCUCGCCCUCAAACCUGCACCAGUCCUCGAGUCUCCAUUUAAAGAUCGAGACCACUUCCAGUUGGGUUCAUUGUCCCACUUGCUGAAUGCCAAGGCUGGCGGCUACCAGGAGUUGCCUGACUGGCCUGAAGCCGCCCCAGACCCCUCCGUGCGCAACGUGGAGGUGCCCGAAUGGACCAAAUGCAGCAGCCGAGAGAAGAGAAAGGAGAAGAAAGUGGAGAAGCCGUUCUACUCGGACUCGGAGGGCGAGUCUGGGCCGACAGAGUCGGCUGACAGUGAGUCGGACUCUGCCAGCGGCUCGGAAAGCGCCAGCGCCAGCGAGGAGAGUGGAUCGGGAUCAGAGAGCGUAGAGAGCGAGGAAGGCUCUGAGUCUGAGGAAGAGGAGGAGGAUGAGGAGGAAAAGAACAAGAAGAAGAAAAAGAAAGAAUUGAAGAAGCCGGUGCAAGAAAGCGAAAGCGAGCAGAGCAGUGAAGAAGAAGAGAGGAAGCCCGAGAGGAAGAGUAAACAACGUAAGAGCGACUCAGAGUCUGAAUCUGACGAAGAGGAGAGCGAGUCUGAAAGCAGCCAAUCGGAGUCUGAAGACUCUGAGUCUGAGGCAGAAAUCAAAAAGAAAAAAAAGACACCUGAAUCUAAACCUCCUUCCAAACCUGUCAAGAAAGAGAACAAGAAAGAAAAGAAAGAAAUGUCUCUGCUCGACCUUGAUGAUUUUGAACCUGCUCCUUCUCCUCAAGUCACACCCAUCAACACCUUCCUAUCCAACAGCCUUGUGACCGACCUGGAGGGACUGUCUUUGUCUGACACCGUUCUUUCCCCGGCAACCAUCGCUCCCUCCAGUGCACUGAAGAACUAUGAGCUGCUGCACCGGAUUACAGGGGAGGGUCUGUCGGUUGAAUACUGCUUCAACCGACAGCCGUUCAGCCCUGACGCGAACAUGGUGGCAGUGCAGAUGCAGUUCACCAACAACGCCACCUCCGACACCAAGAACCUGCACAUGGAGGACGUGAAGCUCCAGUCUGGGAUGAGGGUCAAAGAGUUUCCAGAGAUUGAGCUGCUGCCAGCAGGUGAGACGGCCGCAGCUGUGAUGGGCAUCGAUUUCUGUGACUCAACACAAGCGGCGAACUUCCAGCUUUGCACUCACACCAAGAAAUUCUUCGUCUCGAUUCAGCCGCCUGUUGGGGAGCUGAUGAGGCCCGUCUUCCUGACAGAGAACGAGUUUAAAAAGGAGCAAGGUCAGCUGAUGGGUAUGAACGAGAUCACGGAGAAGCUAACCCUGGACGCAAAGUGCCGGAACGAACACGCCAUUGUCCAAAGGGUGACCACCGCCGCCAAUCUCAGCAGAGUGCCCUGUGGGUCAGAUAAAGAGUGCAGGUUCGCAGGCAGGACGGUGACCAGCAGCAGCUUGGUGUUGGUCACCGUGGCGACCAAAGAGGAAGGAGCCGCCCAGCUGACGGUCAACUGUGAGAAAAUGUUGAUCGGCACCAUGCUGGUGAAGGACAUCCUCCUGGCUUUGACGCAGUGACGUGUGCCGCGACAUUUUUGCCCUCUGCCCCCUCUCACAUAUCGUCCGAGACUCAUCACACUUGUAGCAUCUCCUCCGUUCUCCUGUAAGCAGUGAGGAAGUUUCCAGAAUGUUUAAUCCCAGUUUGUUGUUUGGUUCAAGAACCCUCUACUUUAAGAAAUGUGACAGUUGUUGACAAUCAGACAUGACUGAUGUUGAACCUGAUAUGAAAUCCAUCUCCCCCCUUUUAAAGUUAAUUUAAAUAUUUAUCUUGAAACAUAUUUUCCUUCCUUAAAGAGCCAAUUGGAUUUAUUGGACUCCACUUUCUGAGUCAACACAAAAUAGAUUUGUGCAUCUUUUAAGUGUUCAAAACCUUAAAUUUUCUUCCACUUAAUGUUAUCAACGCUUUUGACUACAUCUCGUGGUUUAUUUGUAUAGCACCUUUCAACGACAAUGCAAUUCAAAGUGUUUAACAUAAGACAUAAAAAGGCAUUAAGACAAGAUACGAAAGAAACAUACAACAAUAUAGGAAUAUAAGAAGACAAAACGAAGAUAGAAAAAAACCAAAAAAGAUAAAAUUAAUAAAGUCACAGUGCAGCUACAGUGCAGUGCAAGCUAUGAAUGAAAUGUAUUAAAUUAAUAAAUGACAGUGGCAAACAAAACGUUUCAAGGCUUAAAGUUAAAAAAAAUGGAGAGUUAAAACAGACCUUAAGUUUUCUGGCAGUUUGUUCCAGAUAAUGUGUAAAAACCGAAUGUUGUUUAGUUAAAAGUCUGGUCGGCUCAUUAUGUAGCAGUCGAUCAGAGACGCACCCUGGAAACAGAGAACAUCAGCUGCCUUUGGUACACUACACUUAAAAAUGGGAAGAGGCCAGAAUACGACCGCCGUCAUGAUGUGACCAUUAUGUACAUACUUAGGUCCCUUGAUAACAACUGUGCAAACUCCAUCUGUUGAGGAAGGCCACAAGACAAAGUUAGUGAAGCAUUUAAUAACUGUAUUUUCAGAUAAUACAAAAAACGGUCCCGCUUCACUCAAAGCAUUUAGUUAAGUUUCUGCUGGACAUGAGUUUUGAUUAAAUUAUUUACAAAUAAGAUGCCCAAGUACUGUAGGUUAUUCUUUAAGUAAUUUCCCCCUGGGAUUAUUAAAGUAUUUCUGAUUCUGAUUCUGAUUUUUUAUUCUUUCUGAUAAGUGGGAGCACAAAUCUUUAAAUUUUUAGCUUGUUAGUUAUUAGCUCUGAGACUAUUUUAGGAUGUAGAUAACAUAAGUAAUAGAUUAUAUACUGUAGGUAUAUAUCCCCCAAAAACAUGUACAUACAAUAAGUGAAAUCAGUAAAAAUCAAAUACUCAUUCAGUUAUUGGUCAUUACUUGAAUGUAGCAUGAAGGCUCGACUGAGACAACAACUACCUAUAACUGAAUCAUUCCAUUUUUGGACAAUAAACAUUGUUAAUCAAUAACUCUCCCGGGAAUAACGAAGGAUUUUCAUCUCAGAUUCUGCGAUGUUAGCGUUUGCCUAACUGUCAUAGUGCACAUGUUCAUUACAAUAAGUGGGGCAUUUCUAAAAACUGAAGAUGUAUAAAUGUUAUUAUAUGUAUUGCAACAUGUAAUACAAUAAGUAAGGUGUGGUGUGUCUGAGUGUGUGUGUGUGUGUGUGUGUGUGUGUGUGUGACGACACUGAAUAUUGACCUGGCAAACAUUAACUAGCUGUUUUCAAACUGAUUCAAAAUGACACUUGACUUGAGAUCAUCAUGAAGCACAUUAUAAUGAUCAGUCCACAGGACAGUAAGUGACGACUCAUACGAAGACUGAAACAUGAUCUUACAAUAUUAAGUAAUCAGCUAAUUCUUUAACAAUUCAUCCUCAGAGAACAUCAUCCUCUCCAAAACCCAGAGUUCCACUUAAUAACAUAGAAAAUUAAGAAAACUAUAUUUCCAUUUUAAAAUCCAGAAUGUGAUUUCCAUUAGAGAAUGAAUGAUUAUUAGAUUAAAACAGUGCUCAUGAUAAUGUCAAACACUUUCAAGUUGAGUGUUAGCUCGAUCUCAUUUGUCAGGGAACGCUGUUUUCAUGCCUUUUAUUAUUUAUUGAUUUCAGGUCAGAAGUCAUGUGGCUUCUCUUUUGUUACGGACCCUCAUGUGUCCAGUGGCAGCACAUUUCUUAUCUUUCACACAUUGUCUGUGUAUUUAUUUAUUUAUUGUUUCUUUACUGUUGGAAAAUGUAACAACCAAAGGAGUACAUUACAGUCAGACGCCAGCACUCGUCGUGGAAAACUGAGCAGCAGCAGUGGACGGUUUUAUUUUGGCCUUUUUUUGUAUCUGUUGCGUUGUUUACCAUUGAACCACUCACACCUGAAAUUUCCAGUCACUGCAAACACAGUCAUGAUAAAGAAUGUAAAGAAUAAGACAUUUUAAUGUAAAAAUCUACUGAAAAAGAGACCGCUGGAUAAACCUAUUCUCCAAAUCAUAAUUCAUGUCUGGCAAUUUGUUUUUAAUCUGCAUCAGCUUUCAAAUAUUCAAAGUAUGAUUUAUCAUACUCUGUGUGUGUGGUUGU